AUGCUUCUGAAGCACAAUGCGCCGGAAUGGCCAGUACCACCGUCGAGCGCCUACACGAUGAUGGCCGCCCAGUGUGCUGGAAGCUAUUCGAUGGGUACCGUAGCAACAAUCGAACACAUUAGUAGCGAAUGUGGUAGGCUCUGCGAUCAUCAUCAUCAUCAUCAUGAUCGUCAAAAUAUCCAGACUGUUCUCAGUCGAAAUGGUGAUGGUGGAGAUACGGCAUUACGUCCCAUAGCUAGGCAUUGCUAUUCAGUUGGUGCUAGUCCAUGUAAAAUUGUUGACCGGGGACCGGCAGGUGAUGGCCUUCCAGCAUCGGCUGUUAGUUUGCUUCCAACCCAACAAAAGCAGCAGCAGCAACGAGCUGUAAGUUUUCCGUAUGGAACUGGAUCGGAUUAUGGGCAAACAUAUUUCGGAACUGCGCCACAUCACAUUACCGUAGCAACGAUUGAUGACGAGCCGCCAUCGCCACCGAAAACUGUCAUGAAAGCAAUUUUACGACCAUCAAAUAAGCAGACAGCAGAAGUAGCAGCAGCAGAAUCAUCAUCGGGUGUAUCGCUGAAGCAGCAGCAGCAGCAAAAGCCGAAUUAUUCACUUGUGAAUACUCAGAUAUUGACGGUUUCGGAUUUGGAAAUGAAUGCCUCGGGAAGUUGUGAUUUCUAA